AGAAGAAGCGCAGAUAUAUAUAGUAAAAGCUGAUGUUCAACAAAGUAUCCAGUCAAUCAGUCGCUGGAUUGAAGAGAACCAACAACAAGCAUGGCUCCACGUGCUAUGAUUCAAGCAGCUUUCCUAGGACUCCUAGUUGUGUCCACAUUUGCUGAAAAACUCAAUAGUAACGAGAAAACAGACUCCAUUACUGGAAAAAGUAUUGGUGGUUCUGCUUCCGAGAAGGCCAAUUUCCCUUUCUCUAACCCAUCUUCAUUCUCAUUCGGAACCAAGAGCUUUGGCCCAUCAACCCCAGCUCCGUUCUUGUUUGACAGCUCGUUCUCAACAACCGCCGCACCUUUCAAGUCUGUUUCUUACAGUUCCACACCAGCUCCGUUCUCGUUCGACAGCUCGUUCUCAACGACUGCUGCACCUUUCAAGUCCAUUUCUUACAGUUCCACACCAGCUCCGUUCGUAUUCGGUAACUCUUUCGCGUCAAAUGCUUACUCCGGCGCCGCUGCAGCUCAAUCCUUCGACGCUGCUUCAUUCGCUGGAUCGUCCACACCAGCUCCCUUCUUCGAUGGAUCUUUCAGUUCAUCUACUCCGGCAGCUUUAGUUGGAUCAUCUACCCCAGCACCUUUCUUGUCUGGUUCCGCUGUCUCUGGUGCCGCACUAUCCGACGCAAGCUUUGCGUAUUCUUCCACCCCCGCUUCAGUCUUAUUGUCCGGAGCUUCACCAGUUGUGUCAUCUACCCCAGAACCCGUCGUUCUGAACAGAUCACCGGCUUUUGCUACAUCAUACGGUUCAUACUACUCAGGAGCUUACGCCCCGUCGUACUCUCAAGGAACAAUCGUCAAGUCUGACUCAGUUAGCCACGAUGCAGUUGAAAUACCAGCCGUUGCAAACGCUCCUGCACCUCAUCACGAAGUUACCAUCACUAAGGAAGUUCCAGUUCCUUACUACGUUCAAGUUGAAAAGCGAGUUCCAUACCCCGUGUUGGUCCGCGUACCACACCCAUACCCAGUUACAGUAGAAAAACAUGUGCCAUACGCCGUUAAAGUCAACGUAGACCGUCCAAUUCACGUUCCUCGACCAUACCCAGUAGAAAUUGAAAAGAGAGUGCCAUACCCAGUUGAAAAGCCAGUACCUUAUGAAGUGAAAGUUCCAGUCGACAGACCAUACCCAGUUCAUGUUCCAGUUGAGAAACCCGUCCCAUACGCAGUUGAAAAACCCGUCCCAUACCCAGUAAGAGUAAAUGUUGACAGGCCAUACCCCGUGGAAAAACCAGUGCCAUACCCAUACCCCGUUGAAAAACCAGUGCCUUACCCAGUAGAAAAGGCUGUGCCAUACCCAGUAGAAAAAUUGGUACCAUACGCAGUUGAAAAGAAGGUUCCAUACCCAGUCAGGUACGAUGUCCCAGUCAAAGUACCAGUUCCGGUGGAAGUCAAAGUUCCAGUAUCUGUGGACAGACCAGUACCAUACCCAGUAGAAAAGAAGGUUCCAUACCCAGUUCAAGUUCCAGUUGAAGUCAAGGUCCCAGUUCCAGUUGCAGCCCCAGCUCAACGUUUCGCUACAGUCCACUACUACCAACAAUCUCCCGUUGGUUUGGGAUACGAAUCCAGCCAAGCUUUUGCUGGUCAAGCUGGAUACAAAGCUUUUGCCGCACAAUAUAACGACGGUGUACCUAACGUCUACUACAACACACCCUCAAAUGCCGUUAUUCUUAACAACCAAAACUUGAAAACACCAGAACAAUUAGCUCUGACCGGUACCAAAGUCACAUACGGCGCAUCUGGAUUAGCUCCAGCUUUUGACGGUGCUUCUGCAUAUAGUUUUUCAUCUGGAAGCGCUCCAGCUUUUGGAAGUGCAUUCUACAGUUCAACCCCAGCUUCUGGAAGUGCUCUGUUCAGCUCUACAUCUAGCCCAAUAACCUCAUACAGCACGACUGCCAGCCCCGCUGGACUCUUCGGCUCAAACUUCGCCCAAGAUGGUUUUAGUAGUACAUCAGCUCCAUUCAGUUUCGGCCAACAAUCUUUCUUUGAAUCAUCAACACCUGCUCCAUUCAGCUCUUUAUCUGUUGGAUCAACUGAUGCAUCGUCUUUAUUCAAGUCAACUAACUUUGGAUCCACCGGUCAAGAAGCAGUUGCCAUUGGAGGUGCAUCCAUCAAGGCCCAAGAUAAGGUAGAGUCAAAAACUGAAGACUCUAACGUUGUAAAGAAAUAGAUUUUCUAUAUUUUAAUUAAAAUUAAAAUGUGUA